AUGGGUCUGUUUGUUAUUGAAGAGGGUAGCAACAAAGAAAAGAAGAAGAAGGCCAAGUCAGUGGAAUAUCAUUCAAAGGGAGGCAGCAAAAAAGUGCCAAGAACAGAAAAAGGUGUAUCAUCUGAAAAUUCUACACAGAGAGAGAGCUCUAAGAAAGUAAUUUUUUCUGAUCAGGUGGAGGUUUUUCCUUUAUCUGAUGCCAAAAGUUCUGAUGAUGGCUUGGUGUAUGCUAAGCGAAACUCUCCAGAAGAAGAUCAAAUUAUUAAAAAGGCUGUUCUUAAUUACAAGUCUCAUAGAUUCGGUGAGGAAGGUCUAAAUAUGGUUUUGUAUUGUAGAUAUCACCCAGAAGUUAAACACUGUUGGAAGGAUAUUGGAGCAGCCUUACUGUGGAGGCCUUCUGAUAGUGUUUAUUGUCGAGCUCAUAUUAUAUUUGAAAGAGAUCAAAACCAUAAAUGGGCCCCUGAAGAGUUAGAAAUUAUAAGAAAGUAUCAUGAAAAACGUGGCUCUGAUUGGAAAAAGUUGGCUGAGGUGCUUGGCAAGCAUAGGCAUCAUGUGAAAGAUGCAUGGUGGAGGAUAAGAUAUCCUAAUAUGAGGAAAGAAUGAUGGUCUCAAGAGGAGUACCAGAAAUUAUUUGACCUGGUGAAUAUGGAUUUGCUUAUGAGGACUUCGGAAGAAAAGAAAUCAAAGCAUGGAAUGCUGCGAGAUAAUAUCCAUUGGGAGGCAAUCAGUCAGAAACUGGAAACCAGAACAAAUUCUAUGUGCUGCCUGAAAUGGUAUAAUCAGCUAACUUCACCAUUGGCUGCUGAAGGGAAAUGGCGUGAUACUGAUGACUACCACAUGGCGAUCGCUCUCUCCAACUUGGAUGCUACUUGUAUGGAGGAUGUUGACUGGGACAAUCUUCUCAAUGGCAGGUCUGGAGUUAUUUGUCGAAAGCAACGGAACCAAAUGGUCAAACACUUGGGUCUAGGUAGAAACAAAUCAUUCGCUGAACAGGUUGAAAUCCUUUCAACAAGAUAUUGCCCAGAUGCAGUUGAAGCUAGGGAGGCCUGUAAUAGCAAACCAGCAGUUGACUGAUCAAGAUUUUUUCUUUUUUUAAAGUAACCGGGAACCCCAUCUGUCGAAUGAUGAAGAUACUGAUUGGCUAAUAGUAUUGCCUUACCCAUAAUCAAGACGGAGACAUGCUGCAGGAUUUCCUUGCAGAGGACAUACAAGUUUAUAGGCUUUGUACUUGUAUUAUUACCUUCUGGUAAGGGUGGCUUGGAGUCAAGUCAAGUCUAAAUAAGAGUUGGCUCAAGAUUAUUUCGAAUCUAGAAAGUUUAAUUUAAGUGAAUUUGAGCUAAUGAUGAGUUGUCAAACUAGUUGCUAGAGAAGAAAGGAAAACACCGGAGAAGAUGGGUAUUUCAUCAUUAUCAAUGAAAAGCCGUUGGAGAAGAUACAUUUUUCAGCGACUUAAUUAAAUUGAGCUGAAUCAACUCAAACUUGAGUUGGGAUUACCCUAUCUAGAGUUUGAGCUCAUUUGAGCCAAGUUAAGUUCGGAUUCAACCCUACUUUUGAAGGUGUAUUAAUGAUUGUUCUUUGUUAUUGCUUAGUCCUUCAAUUAUAUGCUUCAUGAUUUGGAUUAUAUGAGGUGUGUUUACGCACUAAUGUAAUACCACCUGUAAAGAUGAUUUGGAUUGUAUGAGGUAACAUUACCGCAAUAAGUUUUGGCACUAUUAGAAUAGCACCUGAAAGAGAUAAUUUGGAUUAA